AUGCUGCGCGCCUUGCGCCGUUCGAAGCGGCGCUCGUCGUCACUUGAACUGCUUGUGGAGGAGCUGUUGUGGACCCGCCCGAAGGGACACACGACAAACACUAACAGCUACGCCGGCAGGAUCCUCUUGGUGUUCUGGUGGCUCGCUGUGUUCGUACUCACCAACGAGUUCGCCGGGCACCUCAUGGCCAGCAUUGCCAUCAAGAGAGAGCCACCACGAUACCGAUCCGUGGAAGACGUCGCGUACCAGAGCUCCAUACGACCGCUGAUCUGGAAGGACACAGCGUUUGAUGCCUACGUGCGGGCGUCGCCGAAGGACUCACUGCGCGCCCUUGCCAGUCUGGCGCUUCGCCACGACGGAUUCGUGCCCCUGAGCGAACUCUACUCCGAAGCUUCCCUGAAGCAGCUGUACAGUGGUCGCGCUGUCUUAAUCAACGACCGAGACGGCAGCAUGUAUUCACUCGCCAAACGCUGCCGUGUCACCGGAGGAAGGUUGUACGUGGCUCCGGAGUUCCUCUUCACGUCUUUCAGCACCGUCGCCUACUCCAAGAAGCUGCCAGCGGACCUGCAGAAGAGGAUUCAGACGAAAAUGAGGGCCAUCAUGGAGUCAGGGCUGCGCCUCGAGUGGUACAACGAAGGCGUCAAGGACUGGCACCUCUGCCGGGACAUGCAACGGUCCGGCGCCUCCAAAGCUGGCGUGCUGUCUUUCGAUGAACUCAGCUACGACGACAUGGCGGCCAUAUUCGUCCUGUGGGGCAUCAUGACGACGUUCUCUCUCGUCGUAUUCCUGACAGAGAUGUGUUUUUACACCAUGACAGUGAAACGCCACCGCCUGCUUCCACGCAAAAAACGCUUGAAGUAACUAAACUACUGUCAAUCGCACCGGUAAAUGUCAAAGCCAUUUUGCCAAUAAUGACCCUUGUGACA